CGGAAAAAUGUCCAUUUCCUUAAAUAUGCCAUGCUUCAGGAUUCUUUGCAAAAGAUGCAGAUUGUAAGAAAUAUAAACACUUUUCUACUUUUGUCCAUCAGUUUACACAAUGUUUUGUGCGUUGAUCGAUCAUGUCAGUGGUCAAAGAGAACAAUCGAAGAUGUUACCAAAUGCCCAUUAACUGUUGAAGAAGUGGAAAAAGCCGCAAAUAUAAAAAAUUGUAAAGCCUUGGCUCAAAAGCAGAACUGCACCGAUCCUUCAAAUUUCAAAUAUCAUUGUGUGAUAAAUGAAGAAGAAGACUCACUGGUAGAGGUCUGUGCUCCAGCAUACUACAUUCAUGGUUUUUGCACAGAAUUUAAUGUGAAAGGUCUACUGAUACAACCGCAUUUCAGCAUAAAAUGCAACAAUAUUACACCAUGCUCAGAACGUUAUUUAUCAACAUUAGCAUAUCAGUUUCCAAAGUGUUAUGAUGUGGUAAAGAAGCGUACUUUUUCCCCCCUGAUUAAUGAGACAACGACCAUUUCAUUUGAUUCAUCUGACAGUGCAAAAGGGGACGGUGUCAUUAAAUGGUACAUAUAUUUCCUGAUAGUCUUUGUAAUCACAGCAUGUUUUGUUUUUGUACCUGUCUUUGUUGUGUGCAUGUGCGGAUACCGCAGGAAGCAAGAACAACAACGAAAUGACUUAAAUGAAGAAGGUGUGGUAUCCCAAGAAUUGCUCCGAAAAGAGGCUAAGAAGGAAAGACGAUCUGAGUCCAAAAUGGAAAGCGAUAGUAUCUCAAGAGAAUCGAUAACAGAUGAACUAGUAGUUGUUGCUCCCGGCAGACUGUUGAUAGACAUGUAUCACGAAUCAGAGGAAGAAAGAGAACAGUAUGCAGUGGAAAAUGAAGAUCACACCAAGUCCUAUCUCAAUGCUUUUCAACAUUUUGAAAAAUAUUUCGUGAAAACAAAGGUAUUUACAGUCUGUAAAAAUAAGUUACAAACAGAAGGCGUUGCUGUUUUAGUUGGUCCGCCGGGUUACGGAAAAACUAACAUUGGUAUAGGCAUCAUGAAAGAUGAUGUUUACAAAGAUUGGAAAAAGCGAAAAAUAAAGUCUUGGGCAGAAUUUAGAUUUAUAAAUUCAGAAGAGAAUUCUCUCAUUUAUAUUGAUAAUAUAUUUGACGGGUUCAUGUAUCAUCAUGAAUUGGAAAAAUGGUGGAAUAUAUUAAAUAAAACCUUCUAUGAUAAUAUUUCACAUAAUCCGAAUGAUGAGCAAGAUGAAAGUGAAUUUUUUGCAAAUAAAGGAGGAAAGAUUCAUCUUUUUAUAACCGCCAAAGAGAGUGUAUUAACAAAAGCACGUGAGUACAACAAGAUCAAGAGAACCCCAGUAUUUAAAAGAAACUGUAUUAUAAAUGUUACAGAUUAUGGCUUCACAGCUACAGAAAAAGACGAAAUCUUAGAUAAACAAUUUGAAUUUGCAGAGAAAAUAUUGGAUAUUCCAAGGCCGUUGGUAGAUCAAGAGUUUAGAAAUAAAAUGAAGGAAUUAGUUGGUCCUAUCGGCUUUCCACUUUGCGCUCAUCUUUAUGCGUGUGAAAAGGAUCAUAGAAAUACUGGCAUUGACUUCUUUCUUUUCCCGAUCAAUUAUCUUCGGAAACAAAUAAAAUAUGAAAUUGAAGGUGAUCAAACUCAUGGCGUGAAAACGUUACUCUUAUUGCUAUUCUUAAGUGAAUGUUUGUCUCUCUCAAAUAUAUGUGUCGAAAAACUUAACAUUAGUGAUUCUGACAAAUGCAAACGGUUUCUUGAGAAGAAUUUUUCGGAGGAGAUGCUUGAAAGCUUUGAAUCUUUAAACUUUGAGGAUUUAGCUACUGUUGCGAAUAAAUUAACAGUAACUUUAAUUGGUAGUGAAACAGAGUGCAUGUAUCAAUUAAAGCACCAAAUUAUUUUUGAUGCAGUCGGUUUUUAUUUUUGCACCGAAUGUUUCAAUGUUGCAAUAAAAUACUUUCCAAUAGGUGCUUUUCAAAAGCAUGAAUAUAUAAAUCCUUCAGAAGAAUUUUGUGACAUUUUUUCUUCUCGAAUCAUUGAUGAAGUGCAUAGUGGGAAUGUUUCUGAAGCCCUCUCUUGUGUUGCACUCAAACAAUACCAUUUUGCACAACGCGUUUGUGAUAUUUUAAAAUCAAAAAAUGAUGUGGAAUCGUUUCUUCUUGAGACGGAUUCAGUUACGGUCUAUCCUCUUCCAUCUGUAUUUUGGAUCAGCAAAUACGAGCAUAUUAUUUUAUCGAAGUUGCUUUAUGAAUUGGUUCAAGAAAAGGGUCUUCUAGUUGACCACACUUUUUAUCUAGCUCGCUUUGGUGACUGUUGUGCAAAUGACGAAAAUUUUCUUAGAAAUACGGCAAAAACUGUAUUCAAUUCGACGACAGAGAUUAUGAAUUGUGUCUUUCAGUACAAGAAUCACAAAGGAAUGACAGUGUUGCACAUUGUCCUUACAUCCGAAAGACCUGAUUAUGAUGCAUAUUUGAUAAUUAAAAAGUUACUGGAGGACUGCAAGUCCAAAACGUUGUGUGAUUCAGACAAACAAUGUGCCGUUUACUUUGCUGCAAAUGAAGUACGAUACAGUAGAAUUUUAUGUAUUUUGGCAUUGUUUGAUAGCAAAAUAGAUAUUAAAAAAUCUUUCCCAAAUGACACAUCUCCAAUUCAUAUAGUUUUGAAACUAAUGAAUGAUAAUUCUCAUAAAAGUGUUCCUUUUCAACUAGAAAUGCUGAUCCGUGUUUGUAUUUUCAUAAUAUAUGGAGUGGAUUCGAAAAUGAAGAAAUCAAAUGAUCGUCGGUCAGUAAAAGAUAUGUGCAAAAAUACAAAUUGCAAAUAUAUAAAAGAAUUGUUAUGCUCAAACAUUUCAAAAAGUCAAAAGAGAAUGUCAGAGCUUAUUCAAACAUUGUUGAGAGAACUUCCUGUCAAGGACCGAAACGAGAAAGUGCUUGAGGAACAUGUACUUAAAUCUGAGGGGCGAUUGGAUAAAUCGCUAAGAAAUGCAAUUUCUUUGGCUGUACAGCAACUAGCCGGAUAUAUACAUCUGUCGGAAAAUGAACGUUGAAUACUGUGUUAAGAAACGAAAAGUGUUAAACAUUUUCAGUAAACCCUAUGUUUUAUUAAAUUUUUCCUACCCCUAAAAUAGUUAAUCUUUACCAUAUUAACAUCAUUCUGUAUUAUUUUCAAAGUAUCUUAUUGUAUAUUAAAUAUUUACAUUUAAAUGCAUUUAUAUGACGGUUACCAAAUUGCUUAAAUAAAAAGCAUGACA